AUGUCUAAUCUCUCUAAACUUGAAUUUCUUGCUCUAGACAUAUCGGGAAAAAGCUAUCUAUCAUGGGUACUCGAUGCAGAAAUUCAUCUUGAUUCGAUGGGUCUAGCAGACACCAUCCAAGAAAAUAAUCAAGCAUCGAAUCAAAACCGUGCUAAGGCGAUGAUAUUUCUCCUUCAUCACCUUCAUGAAGGUUUGAAAAUGGAAUAUCUCACUGUUAAGGAUCCUCUGGUGUUGUGGAAUAAUUUAAAAGAUAGAUAUGACCACCUGAAGUUGGUCGUCCUUCCACAGGCACGUUAUGACUGGAUCCACUUGAGACUUCAAGAUUUUAAAUCUAUCAGUGAGUAUAACUCUUCCAUGUUUAAAAUUAUCUCACAAUUAAAAUUAUGUGGAGAAAAUAUCACUGACCAUGAUAUGCUGGAGAAAACGUUUUCCACUUUCCCUGCCUCGAGUAUGCUUCUGCAGCAGCAAUACCGAGAAAUGGGAUUUAAAAAGUAUUCCGAAUUAAUCUCACAUCUCCUUGUUGCUGAACAACAUAAUGAUUUACUGAUGAAAAACCAUGAAAGUCGACCUACUGGUUCUAUGCCAUUUCCUGAAGUAAAUACGGCAAAUUUUCACCAAUCUAAGCGUGAAAAAGGUCGUGGCCCCAGUCGUGGCCGUGGUCGUGGUCGAGGAAGAAAUCUCAAUCAUGGUGAUCGUCUUGCACUAAAUAAUAACAUUCAACACCAGCAGUGUAAAAAGAAGAAUGAAAAACAUGACGUAGUGCAGAAGAAAAAUUCAGACAACAAAUGUUAUCGAUGUGGAGGAAAAGGACAUUGGUCACGUACCUGUCGUACGCCAAGGCACCUGGUUGAGUUAUAUCAAGCUUCCCUGAAGGAGGUGAAAAAUAACGCAGAAGCCAACUUUAUCACGGAAGAUACUGUUGAACCCAUGCAUCUAGAUGUAGCGGAUUUCUUUGAGAACCCCGAAGGAAAGAUAGAUCACCUGAUAGGUGAUGGGUCUGUGAUAAUAUAA